AUGGAUAUGCCAGUGGACUCAGCUGCGCUGAUUGCAGAAAACAGCAAAAAAGAAAAGUAUGCAGAUGCAAGAGAAUUUGAAGUUUCAGUGGCUCCAAUGGUAGGCAUUUCCACGCCAGAGUACAGGAGAUUUAUGCGAGUUGUAUCGCCCAACUCUCUGGUGUUCACUGAAAUGGUGGUGGAUACGUCUCUAAUACACAUGAGCAGCUCGGUCCUUGAGAGGAAGAUAGGCCUUCCCUCUGAUAAGUGCAUUCUGCAGGUUGGAGGAAGUAAUCCUGCCCAGAUCGCACAGGCUGUGAAGCGAGCACUCGCGUUGGGAUACGACAAGUUCAAUUUGAACUGCGGAUGCCCAAGUGACCGCGUGCAGAAUGGAGCCUUUGGUGCUAUGCUGAUGAAAGACCCCCACCUUAUAGCGUCCAUAAUACAAAGAGCAUACGAUGAAACAGGUGUAGUAAUGAGUGUCAAGUGCAGGAUAGGUGUGGAUGAUGUAGAAGACUAUCCGUCAUUUAAAAAAAUGAUAGAAAUCAUAGUAGAAAACACGCCGUGCAGAACAUUUUAUGUCCACGCAAGGAAGUGUCUUUUGAAGGGCCUGUCGCCUGCAGAUAACAGAAGAAUACCUCCGCUGAAGUACGAGUAUGUGUUCCAGCUGAAAAGAGAAAUGCCAUUUCUAAAAAUAAUACUCAAUGGAGGCCUUAGAGAAGUGCAGAGCAUACAAGAGCUGCAGCACAAAGUAGAUGGAGUGAUGCUGGGCCGCAAGCCCAUGGAUGACCCCAUGUUCUUUGCAGAGAUAGAAAGCAGAAUAUUCGGAAAGUCACAGAUAAGCACGCUGGAUGCAAUAGCAGCCUAUCUAAAAGAGCUGGAAAAAAGAGUACCUGAGCGAGAUCUCUUUAUGAAGAAAGAUGUGCUAUCGCCCUGUCUAACUACAGUCCCAAACAAGGCACGCGAUCACGACCCAAAUGUCCUUUCAAACAUCAAGAUGACUGAGUCAGGGGAAAUAGAGUAUCUGUGCAGACACGUUGAUCUAAAGCCCAUAGAGCCAGUGCUGCACGGAAGAAAAGGGUGCAAAGAGUACAAAAGAGAAAUAGCCAGGCUUGCCAGAGAAAGAAAGCCCACUACCUCUGUCAUUCCAAACAUAUGCAAAUACUUCUCUGUCUUAGCGAAUGAAGGAGAAAGAGAAACAGCUGUGCAUGAACAAUAA